AUGGUGUUCUUUCUUCUCAACUUACUGACCUUUGGCCUGGCCUCGAAGCUUGGACGAGUUACCCAUUACGCGUUUGACGCCGUCCUUUUGUCGGCUUUCCUGGCGGGCAUGAAGCGAUCCACAGGCUUGACCUUCAAGACGGAUAGGCUUGCCGGAGAGAACAAGGAACUGAACGGCUGGAUCCACAAGUACUUGGGUGUCGGCGAGUGGGUUCUGGAUCAGUCCGCCGCCGUAGCAGGUUCAAGUGGGUGGUUUGAGAGGCGGCAGUGA